UGUGCUCCCGUUGACUUGCACAUGGAGGGAGCAACCGGACUCGUGAAAACAGCCGGUUAAACGAAACCCACUAUCGCACGUCAAGAUAUCGGAUUCAAAAGAAGUGUACAGUUUUUUCCCACACACGGAAAUUUGACUGGCAACUGGCCGGAAAGAAAAAUGGUCUCAAGAGACGUUCUAUCGUCCGCUUUCGGACUCGAGCUGGGAUGUGGACAGAACCGGUGAAACGGGAAGGAGCGGACGCGGGUAGCGAAAGCUAAAGUCGUCUCGUCAGCCGGCGGUGGUCGCCAAACGCCGCGACGAUCGAGCUGCUAAACUAAACCGAGGCUGCACAUCUCUCUCUCUCUCUCUCUCUCUCUCGCUCUUUCUCGCUCUCUUUCGACAUCUCUUGGCAGGCUACACAUUGCAGUGAGUCAGUAUCAUGGAGGCAGGCAGCGGGGCUGCCGCAGCGGUGGGGAGUGCAGCGCUCGGAGUGCUGGGAGCCACAGCCACAUCCAGCCUUGACAUCUUAGACAGGGGCCCAAGACUUGGACUGCAUCUGGAGGAUGACGACGUUGUGACUGAACUGGCUCACAUUCAUCCUAGAGAGAGACCUGACUGGGAAGAGACCAUUAGUGCCAUGGCAAGAAGUGCUGAGAUACCCGAGCUGCGGACUGAGACCCUCAUGCGCUCAUGCAGCAGCAGCACAGCAAGCAUGAAGGUCAAGAAUGUUAAAAAACUUUGCUUUACCAAGGGCCACUUUCCCAAACUGGCAGAAUGUGCUCAUUUCCACUAUGAAAACGUGGACUUUGGCACAAUACAGUUGUCUCUCGGCGAUGAACAGAGCGAAGUGACGCGGAACGGCCAAGAUUCCAAGGAGCUUGUAUACUUGGUUCAUAUUUACUGCCAGGGUCGAAGUUGGAUUGUGAAGCGUAGCUAUGAGGAUUUCCGUGUCCUGGACAAGCACCUGCACCUGUGCAUAUAUGACCGCCGUUUCUCUCAGCUGCCUGAGCUGCCCAGACUUGACAGUUUGACUGAUCAACCAGAGUCUGUUUCCCAAAUGUUGUUGGGUUACCUCUCCCGGCUUUCGGCCAUCGCUGACAACAAGAUCAACUGUGGGCCUGCCCUCACGUGGAUGGAGGUUGACAAUAAGGGAAAUCAUCUUUUGGUACAUGAAGAGUCAUCCAUCAAUGUUCCAGCAAUUGCAGCUGCCCACGUCAUCAAGCGCUACAUUGCACAGGCUUCAGACGAGCUGUCCUUUGAGGUUGGUGACAUUGUGUCAGUGAUUGACAUGCCUCCUAAAGAAGACACCACAUGGUGGAGGGGGAAGCACGGCUUUCAGGUUGGCUACUUUCCCAGUGAGUGUGUGGAGCUCAUAAAUGACAAAGUGCCACAGUCCAUGACCAACUCUGUGCCGAAGCCAGCGUCCCCGUGCUCUGGCCUGCCGCCUGCCUCAUGGAGUCUCUUCCCUCCCUAUUUGGAGAUGGAGAGUGUAAUACAGGACAAUGCAUGGGUGGCCGACCCGCUUAACCACUACAGCCUAAGUUCAGUGUCUAAGAAGCAUGGCAAGCUGAUCACCUUCUUGCGCUCCUUCAUGAAGUCCAGGCCCACCAAGCAGAAGCUGAAGCAGAGAGGCAUCCUCCGGGAGAGGGUAUUUGGCUGCGACCUGGGGGAGCACCUCCUCAACUCUGGACAUGAUGUUCCCCAGGUCCUCAAGAGCUGCACCGAGUUCAUCGAGAAGCACGGUGUGGUGGAUGGCAUCUACCGCCUCUCUGGAAUCGCUUCCAAUAUUCAGAAAUUGCGGCAUGAGUUUGACUCUGAGCAAAUCCCCGACCUGACCAAAGAUGUUUACGUACAGGACAUCCACUGCGUUGGCUCGCUGUGCAAGCUCUACUUCAGAGAACUGCCCAACCCCCUGCUCACCUAUCAGCUCUAUGAAAAAUUUUCUGAGGCCGUAUCAGCAGCAACCGAUGAAGAACGACUUAUUAAAAUCCAUGACGUCAUCCAGCAACUUCCUCCACCACAUUACAGAACGCUAGAGUUCCUCAUGAGACACCUUUCCCGCCUGGCGGCAUUCAGCUACAUCACCAACAUGCACAGUAAGAACUUGGCCAUUGUCUGGGCCCCCAACCUGCUGAGAUCAAAACAGAUUGAAUCUGCAUGCUUCAGUGGCACAGCAGCCUUCAUGGAAGUCAGAAUCCAGUCGGUUGUCGUUGAGUUCAUUCUCAACCACGUGGAUGUUCUCUUCAGCACCAAACUUAGCUCACUAAUUCGCGAGGGAGCAGGUCAUAACACAUUGUCACGGCCAAAGUCCCUGCUGAUUUCAUCACCCUCUACCAAACUUCUAAGUUUGGAGGAGGCUCAGGCGAGAACUCAGGCUCAGAUCAACUCUCCAGUCACUGAAGAUAGCAAGUACAUUGAGGUUGGUGAAGGUCCUGCUGCCCUGCAGGGCAAGUUCCACACUGUCAUCGAGUUUCCCACAGAAAGGAAGAGGCCUCCAGUUAAAUCAAAGAAGUCUCCUGUGGGUAGUUGGCGCUCUUUCUUCAACCUGGGCAAGUCUUCCUCAAUGUCCAAGCGCAAGCUGCAACGCAACCCGAGUGAGCCCAAUGAACUUAAGGCCAUGGCUCUUGCUGGAGGUCGGGGAGAUACAGCUACAUUAAGAUCUGCUAAAAGUGAAGAGUCACUGAGUUCUCUUCAUAAUGUUGAAGGAGAGUCCAAGGUGUACCGUCCACGGAGGCCACGAUCAAGCAGUGAUGCCCUUUCGGCCUCAUUUAAUGGUGAGUUGUUGGAGGGUCGACAGCAGCGCAACUGCUACGACAAGCUGGGUGCCACAGAGGACAGCGACGGAGAUGACGGGCCCAUCUGUGUACCCGCUCUCAUCUCGCCUCCACGCUCAGCCGGUGAAGACGUGGACCUCAGCCCACCAGACAUCGGCAUGGCCUCCUUGGACUUUGACCCGAUGUCUUUCCAGUGCAGCCUCCCUGAUGCAGCCUACGCUUUUCCCCUGGUUGAUUCGCAUGCUGGAGCGGAAGGCUUGACAUUAAAGAGGAGCCCCGGCAGCCUCUGGGGAAAGAGCAAUGGCUCUGACCUCAUCUCUUCCUCCUUACUUGACAACUUGACAUCAUCCUUGUUGUCCUCGGACUUUAACCUGGCUGCAGGAGAGAAAGUGGAAAGCCAGAAACUUACCACUUCCUAUUCUUACACUGAUAAACCUACACAAGCUGUGUCACCCAUUAGAAGUGUAAAAACUGCUACUUCUGCCUCUUCAGAGCUAUUUUCUAUAGAGAUGCAUGAUAGGACUAUCAGUGAAGAGGUGGGUCCUCCUGAACCUUUAUCUCCCCCCAGUGCACCAAAGGACUCUCCUCUUUCUGUAAAAGCUGAGCCAUCGCUAAGUGAAGCUUUCCAAAUGGAGCUGCACUCAAAGCUGGCGACCCUCGACAGCGUGGAUUGUGAGGAGCUAAAGCGAGAGGACAGUGUUCAACAGCUGUCACACGGAAGCCAGGAGCCUCAAAGUAAGAAGAUUGGAGCUUACGACAUAUUUUUCAUGCUUCUGUGUCGAGAAGGAGGAAGAGUUCCGGAUUCAAAGGAUCUCACCAAACAUUCCCUCAGCGCUUCUGCAACCACUUCCACUGCUCCUCCCCCUCCUCCUAAAGAUGCUGCCCGCAUGUUGGCCCUGGUUCUUGCUGAGUCAGCACAGCAAGUCUCCACGCAGUCCCAGCCUUGGUCCUGCGAGCCCCUGACACCAUUGUCCCCUGUGCAGCCACAUUUUUCUGACGGCCGGGCCUCAUCGGGUGCACAUUUCCAGACUUCCGAUGAAGAGGGAGCUGUACGAGGAACCUCUGCGUCACAAAAUAGCACUGUCUCUGUCGUUACCUCCAUCCCGUGUUUUCCCUCUUCUUCAAGCCCGUUGAAAGAACAGCAGGUGCUUGAGUUAACCAACAUGAAAACCAGGCCGCCAGACAGUGCCAAGGCCACAACAACUCUGUCAGGAAAACCACCAGAAAAUGACUCUAUACCUUCAGAUACGCUUCAUAAAGAGGUCACCCCGCAGCCUAAAAGUACACCCAACCUGAAUUCUCUAACCAGGAGUCCUGAAAGUCAGUCCUUUGUUGUACAUGACUCAGUCAGUACCAGCAUUACCAGUACCAAACCAGUGGCCACUAGUGCACUGGCCUUUGAGAGCAGUGGAGCCCUUUCCGGUGUCAGUGGCAAAGACACCAGAAGCUCUCGACAACGUCCUGCUGAGGUGAGGCCAAAGGAAGACGCAAAGCCCAUAAGUGUUCCAAAAUCAUCAUCAUCAGAGCAGCAGCCUCCAGCAGCUCCAAAGGCAAAAAAGCCAGUGUUGUCACAAUCCCAACAUCAAACACAAACUCAGCGGCAGUGCCAAGUUCAGAUGCAGCACCAGUCCCACACACAAAUUCAACCCCAAACUCAGCCGCUAUCGAAGGCCAGUUCAAUAGUGGCACCAACCUCCUCUGAGCAUGUUGAUAAGCCAUGGGAGGCCAUAAAUCCAGCGCAGCCUAGCACAGAGUUUUCUAAGAAUGACCCAAAUGGAUCCACACCUCCAACCCCUCCAGUCCGUACUAUGGAGAGCAAACUGGCCACAGCUGCACUCAGUCAGGGGGAAGCUACUUACCAUAGUUUAGGUGAGAAUUCUGCAGCUGGCCAUCUGGAGGAUGCCCAUCCUCACCAUCCCCUUUCUCCUCGUAAAUCUUGCACACAUCUCUACCAUGCUAAAGGGUCAGCAGUCCUCGUUGAGCCCUCAGGAGUUGGAUACUACCACCAGAGGCCAGUUUCAAUGGGUCCACAGCCCAUGCCACACCACUACAGACCAAACACUGUCCCCUCACACCUCUCGUAUGUGUCAAAGUCCGAACCUCAAAUACCUUACAGUGCCCGGGUAGACAAUAGGUACAGCACUUUAGGCCCUAGGUCCUACCACCACUCUAUAAAGGCAAGAGAAAACACCCGCAGUGUUUACGGGGCUUCGGGACAUCAAGGUUAUAGCCAUGACCGAAACCAUGGUUAUCCCACUAUUCGCAGAGUGCACUCGCUCCAUGUUCCCCCCACUAUCCACACAGUACCCAUCCAAAGGACUGAAGUUCCUCCGGACGACAUAUUUUAUCACCAUCGACCUGUGUAUCAGUGCAAACCCUACCAGCAGCCCCCGCAGCAAUCCUCACAAGCAGACUAUCAUGUCACUCAACUGCAGCCUUACUUUGAGAAUGGACGAGUCCAGUACCGCUACAGUCCAUACUCUGGUUCUGUCCCUCUGGAGGCUCCUUGUUAUGAUAUUGACCCUUAUGGCACCAUCCGUGUCCGCCAUGUCCAUUCAGCCAGUAGAGAUUCAGGGACCAUUGUUUGCAGACCCGGUGGAAAGGCUACAGGGUACCACUACCUCGCUCGCAAUGUUCUCCCACCUGGAAAGGAGCACAGCUUUGUGAGUAGGGACAUGCCACCGAGUCAUGCCGCCAAGGAAAUUCUUUCUUACCUCUCUUGGGACCCCGAGGAGUCAGAAUGUCUGCGCAUGCAGUCUAUUCGUAGAGAGAGUAGGGCCAGACAGAAGAUUAAAGGUCCAGUUCUCUCACAAUAUGACAAUGUAGGCUCAUUCACACCAGUUGAUAUAGCUGGGUAUGACACCCUGCACUCGCGCAGUAAAUCUGAUCCAGGUAAAGCUCUGCCGGGUGCAACUGAGAACAAAGAUAGUCGCUAUCUCCCCAGACACAUGGUCUCAGACCCCAAUGUCCUCAUAUGUAUUGAGACUGAGAAGAAUGUCCAGGGUGGUUCAAUGGGAGACAAGUUGGACGGGCUGGCGAAGCAAAGCAGCUCCAAGAAAUGCCAAUCAUCUCAUUCCAUUCCUGCGAAGCUGAGCAGCCUCUCCCACCAGCAUGAGACUUCAAGUGAAAAGCUUGGCGAAAGCAGCAGCCAGGCCAAACACUGGCAGCCAGAGAACCUGAACAAGAGGAGCUUCCAGACACGGCAUGAGUGCCCUGAUGCUGACCACCACCACGGUAAAGGUAAAACACCAAGCACCUAUCACGAUCCAGAAGAUCAGCUAUCCGCUCCAAAGGAACAGCUCGCCCACUGCAAACCUGAACGAUCACACAGCUUGCGUGAGCAGCAUCUCUACAACCACAGCAAAGCUGAACUGGAUGGAGACUACUCGUAUAACAAAUACGGCACCAAACCAGUGCAGUCCCACUACGACAAUUUGGACGAUUACCACCCAGUACCUCAGCCCCAGUACAUUCAAAAACGCAGUGGCUGUAAUUCCUAUCCGGCCCCGGGAUUUGCGCACAACAACGGAGCAUAUUCCACAGCAUUAGGCCAGGGAGCCUUUCUCCAGACUGACCUGGGUAUCCAGAGGGCAGAAACAGAGAUAUGUACGGAAUGAAAUCUUCGCACCAGGGGAAUUGUGAAAUUUCCUUUAGAAGACUAUGAGCUAUGGUUGAUCAGCCUCUGCAGGACAGUGGACUGUUGUACCGCCAAUAUUUUUGCUCUUCUGUAUUUUUAAAGAAUUGUCAAGGAAAAUGUAAGGCUUUUUAGCGAAAGUCCUGAAUGUACCCAAAGUUUUUGUUCAAGAGCUCAUUUUUGCUGUGAUUGAGUGGGACGCUAGUCAUAAAUGUAAAUGAUAAGAAAAGAUGUAAGGUACUUUAAAUAGGAACCAGAAAAUGUCUAAUAUGAUACAGUAUACAUUGUCAUAUAUAUAUAUAUAUAUAUAUAUAUAUAUAUAGUAAAAGGGAUGUAUUUUUUUAGACGUGGCCAUUGGGUUUGGGCAUAAACGGGGAUAAGGUUUGCAUUUUAGAAAUGCAUGCACUCUCUUACAGAACAGUUCUGUGUACUUCACUGUUCAUUACGUUCUUUCUAAAUAUUGCGGCACAAGUAAUGGGGGAAGAUUGAUGUUUGCAUCAUCAUAUCAUCCCUCUACCAAUAUGCACACAGGUAGGCAGUACACUGUCCAUGUUUGUCUUUUGAGAAUCCAACCGUGUGAGUUUGACAAUGAUCGAUUUAGGAAUUACUGUCUGUUCAAAUAGUGGAUGUCAUUAUCUUUUAUGUUCUUUGUGACUGUGCCAUUUUAUAUUAAUUUGCUAAAACACAUUUGAGUUACGUCUAAUGGAAUGUUUUGGUACUUCAUUAAAAGGGGGACCAAGAAUGUCGGCGUGGUGCUUGCAUAUACUGGAGUUAAAAGUUAAAAUACAGAUGCUAAUUUUAGCUGCAGAUAUGAAAGACAUUUUUAUUUAGAUUUUUAUUUUCCCAUUACAUUUUCAUAUUUGUGAGACCUGAUCUGUCAUGAUUAAUAAAAGCUGAAAUUAUUUUCUUCUAAAACAAUGAACAUGUUGAUCCUGCUUUGUAGAAAAACAACUUUUCUUGUGUUUUACGGGUAAUGUAAAUCUUGCCCAUAUUAUGCAAAUGAUUUGUGUAGUUAAUAAUUGAAAUGAGUAUUUCAGGCUGAAAACUGAUGUGUGGUACACACAUUUUGUACUGCAUAGUGGAGUUUCAAUGAUAUUAAAAACAAAUGUAUUGUAUUCUAUAACUGUUUGACCCAGUGUAUCACUUGCAGAUGUUGCUCUUCCUGCCUUACCUAAAGCCUCUUCCUUUUCAGUUGAGGCAGAGAUAAGGCACCGUGUACUUCAAUGUUAAAAUCUUAUCUCUAACUAAUGGGUACUUAAAAGUUAGAUAUAAAAUCAAUAAAACUGUUCAGGACUAGUACUUAACAA